AUGGAGUCUAAAAUACAACCAAUUAUUAUGAAUUCUCAUUCAGAAGGUUUAUCGUCUACCAAUCCAAAUGAAAUUAAUCCUGAGUCUAGUAGUGCUAUAUCGUAUACAACGAUGUUGAAGAAUUCAACUGUUAUCAAUAAAGGUUUAGGUAUUAUUGAAAAAUUUAAAAUGGGAUCAUUAUUGUCCGACCUGGGAUCAACAAACAAAUCUGUUAAAAGUGAAGAUUUUAAAGAAGACGUAAAUCAACAGCAACAACAGUCACAACAACAAGUGCAACAAGUACAACAGAAACACCCAAUCCCUAUAUCCUCCAUAAAUUCAGAAUGUGUUGAUUCACGUGCUGAAAUGCAAGACACCUCUAUCACUGAGACUUCGAAAACUCACCAGCUUGCGCCUUCAUUAAAUUACGAAAACAACAGCAAUAAAAAUAAAAGGUUAUUCUUUUCGAAUGAGUUAGCCAAAGAUGAAAAAGUCACACGAUCAAUAAUUAAGAAACAGUCACCAUCAAAACAACUUCGCACAACACAUUCAAGCAACAGAAUGAAUGCAAUGCCUCAUUCAAAAACUGUGCAUGGUUACAAAGAUAUUGCGCACGUUAGUCUUGAAGCUGCACCAAAAUCUAGUAACCUACCUAAUUCCAACUCAGGAUAUGGAAUUAAAGGAUCACCAGUGACUAUGAGAUCUAAGAGUAGAGAGAGAUCAUACACAGACAACACAAACCAUUAUCAGUAUGACAAGUAUCAUUUAUAUGGUGAUGGGAAUGAAACCUAUGGAUGGGUUAAUAAAGACCCCAGUGAAUACAGUAGGGCAAAUACUUAUGGGAAUUCGGCUGACUGUACAAGUUCUUCAGCAGCAUUAAAAGCAAAUGUUUCUACUGUCUCCGUUUCAGGCAUGCAUCACCAACAAAAUAAAAUGCACUCAAAAUAUUGGAAUAAUAAUGAUUUUAAUUAUUUAUCGAAGUCUUGCAAUUGCAUACUGUAUAAUUCACCGAGACAAGAGAAUUACUGGAAGACUGUAGACUCAGAUAAAAGUAACAAACUGUUGGAUGAAAUACAUAGGAUGUAUAUUCAGCUAAAGGAAAGAGACAGUCAGAUUAGAGAACGCGAUGCUUUCAUACGAUAUUUACAAAGUGUCUUAUACAGACGUGAUCAAUUAAUUCAGCAGCUUGUGAAGCAAGUACCAGAUCCACAUAUUCAUCAAGAAUACUAUGAUUUAUUAAACGAAUGGGAGAGAUAUGCAAAAUCUAAUCCAUCCAAGUGUUCUAACCCUUAUCAAUCACAGGUAGUUCAUAAAGGUUUGAAACAAUCUGAUAAAUCAGAAACGCUAAGUCAUAGUAUGCCGAGAAGAUGGAAUCCUGAAAAACUAACACUUGGUCAUAACAACAGAAAUUCGUAUUUGAAAGAAGAUGUUCCACCUGUUGUUGACCAGCGUGAAACGUAUUCUGGAGAAGUUACUAAAAGUAAUGAUAUCACAAUAAUAACUCCAAUACCUAUUAUUACUACUGAUAGUAGCCCUCCUAAUAUUACUACUCAAGGAAGAAAAGAUAUGUCUUAUAAUAAAAUUCAGUAUUCUAAGUCGGGUUCAUUUGUUAGUGUUGAUAGUUCAAGUGAUCACAGUGUUGGUAAUGCAUCUAACAAUUCCAUUAUUGACUUGGGAAAGGACAGUGAUAGUAAUAAACCAGCAGGAAUCGGUGUGAAAUUACAAAUUUUAUCCACGUCACGUGUAAAACGUCAUGCUAUAUCUGGUGAAUCAGAAAAGUAUCUCCCACCACCAACAAGUCACUUAUCGAACUGGCCCAAAAUUGAAAAGCCGGCACACACAAAGGCACUUAUUACUCAGGCAAUUUUGGACAAUGAUUUCAUGAAACAUUUGGAUAAAAGACAAAUCUCCAAAAUUGUUGAUUCUAUGUGCCCGCUGCGCUGCAGUAGACUAUCAUGGAUAAUACAAGAAGGUGAAGUUGGUUCGGUUGUCUACGUUCUAGAGGAUGGAUAUGUUGAGGUCCAAAAGGCUGGUGAACGUUUGCGUGAAAUGGGACCUGGUACUGUUUUUGGUGAAUUAGCUAUUCUUUACAACUGCACAAGAACAGCAAGUGUCAGAGCCAUUACUGACUGCAAAUUGUGGGCAAUAGAUCGUCCAUGUUUUCAGUCAAUUAUGAUGUUUACAGGUAUACAAAAACAAACUGAAUAUGUAAAAUUUCUGAAAAGUGUUCCAACAUUUAAGGAUUUAAAUUUGGAGGUUCUUGGAAAAGUUGCUGUUGUACUUGGGGCAGAACAUUAUGAACCGGAUGAAUAUGUUAUUAGAGAAGGCGAGCGUGGGAACACUUUCUUCAUAAUAACCGAUGGGAAAGUGAAAGUAACAAAAAACCGAGGGAAUGAACGCGGUGAACAAUUUAUUCGGUAUAUGACACGUGGGGAUUGGUUUGGAGAGAAAGCCCUAACCGAUGAGGAUGUUCGUACAGCAAAUAUAAUUGCAAUGCCACCACGGGGAGUAGACUGUUUGAUGUUGGACAGAGACUCAUAUAAUUUACUGAUUAAAGACCUAGUCAGUUUUCAGCGCAGCUAUCCAGAUGAAAAGCCAGUUGUAAACCAAAGGGAAAAACAGUUUUCUGAUGUCAAACUUACUGAUUUCACUGUUGUUUCAACUAUUGGGAUUGGUGGUUUUGGUCGUGUACAGUUAGUUUAUUUGAACAAAGAUAAAAGACAGUGUUUUGCACUGAAAAGAUUAAAAAAACAUUACAUUGUUGAAACGAAGCAACAAGAGCAUGUCUUAAAUGAGAAGAAUAUUCUAACAGAAGCUAAUCACGAUUUUAUUGUAAAAUUAUAUCGAACAUACAGAGAUAACCGCUAUCUGUAUCUUUUAUUGGAAGUAUGUCUUGGCGGUGAGUUAUGGACUCUACUGCGCAACUCUACAUCAUUUGAUGACUCUACAGCAAGAUUUUAUUCUGCAUGCGUGGUUGAAGCGUUAAAUUAUCUGCACAGAAAAGGAAUUGUUUAUCGUGAUUUAAAACCGGAAAACCUGUUGUUGGAUAGUCAAGGUUUCUGUAAAAUGACUGACUUUGGCUUUGCCAAACGAAUUGGAUAUGGUAACAAGACAUGGACAUUUUGUGGAACUCCAGAAUAUGUUGCACCAGAAGUGAUUUUGAAUAAGGGACAUGAUUUCGCCGUGGAUUUUUGGGCACUCGGUAUUCUGAUGUUUGAAUUAUUAACUGGAACGCCACCGUUUACAUCAUCAGAUCCAAUGAGAACGUAUAAUAUUAUCCUGAAAGGAAUUAAUACAAUUGAAUUCCCAAAGUGUAUCACAAGAAAUGCACAGUGCCUUAUCAAAAAAUUAUGCAGAGAUGCUCCAGCACAACGACUUGGUGCCCGAAAAUCAGGGAUAACAGAGGUAAAAAGUCACGCAUGGUUCGAAGGAUUUGACUGGGAUGGACUUGUAGCGAAAACCAUUCAAGUUCCGAUCAAUCCAAAGGUAGGAUUAUUUUUCAAAAUCACUAAUAAUGUUUCUGUAUGGUCAUAGCACUAAAGUGUACUCCAAUGAAAAAGGG